GUCUGUAAGGCAAGUGGCAUUGUGCGGCUGUGCUUCUGUAGCGGACGGAUGUGGUUACAUUCCAGCAUGAAUGGGUUUUGAACUCCGCGCUGGAGCAAGUGCCAGUGGUGCUGCUGCUGCUCAGUUGCAUGUUAGCAGACUGCGUGCGACCAUAGUCUAGACUAGACUUUACAGAGGAGCAGGUGCUCUGCUUUGACUAACCCACAUGUCCCGGACUUUAUUAUACCAAUUUAUCGUAAACAACAGAUAUCCCGUUGAAGACCUGCCGUAUGCCACUUGUGGGAUCGCUGACUGAGACCAGGAGCAACAGACCCGGACCUUAAAUCCUGAAUCACAGUCCAGCGCAGUCCGGCAAGAGCAGAGGGGAGAGAGCGAGAGAGCGAGAGAGAGAGAGAGAGACGAGCGAGGAAGGUAGAAGGACAAGACCAAGAAGAGGGCUUUGGUGAUUAUACCCACAGAUGUCCGGCUCCUCCACCGCUUAGCCCAGCGCGCUCCUAAUGUCCGGAUAGUGUGAGAGUUCAAGAUACAUCUGGAAGGAGAGAUCUUCAACAUGAAUACAGACAGUGGAGGAUACGCGAUGCGCAAAAGCACGAGCCUCUCGCUCACUCUAGCCCCCAUGAAGAGAAUCCAGAGCUCGCCAAACCUGUGUGGGGUCUCAGGUGCCGAGUCUCAUUCAGCCGAGUCAGACGUCUGGAGGUCCUAUGGCACCGGCGAGCCCCUCAGGAACGGAGACGCCAGCACUUCCUCUCUGGCGGCCAAGGGCUACCGCAGCGUCAGGCCCAACCUGCAGGAGAAGAAGGCCCCCACGCCGGGCCAGAUGACGGUGAACGGGAGCCUCGGUGUUCCAGGAAGCGCCCACAGCCACCACCUCCAGAGGCCUUUCUCUCCGUCUGCGUACCCGCCGCCGCCCUCCUUCAGCCCGGGCCUGUCGCUCCUGUCCGCGUCCCAGCGGAGCACCGAUCCCAGCAGUGGUCCUGUCUAUGCCAACACAGCCCCCGUGGCUCCAGCAACAUCACCAGCUCCAGCUUAUGUCCAGGAGAAGGAGGAAGAGGCCAGGAAAACACCCUCGCUGAAGCCCCAGCACUACACUGGCAUCGGCCCCGUGGAUGAGUCCGGCAUACCCAUCGCCAUUCGAACGAGUGUGGACCGGCCGAAGGACUGGUACAAGACCAUGUUCAAGCAGAUUCACGUUGUACCCAGAACAGACGACUAUGUAAACACCCAGAAUGUUCAUCCAAUUAGUAGCAGUGAAAAGCGUCGCCCCACCAACUCCAUCCAGGCCCACCCGGCGCCCAAGACCCACACGUACAGGCCGCUCCCGAAGAGCGCGUCGGACAACGGCACGUACGCCUUCCAGACGCCCAGCGGCCCGUCUCCGGUGCCGCACGCCUCGCCGGCUCCCUCUCAGCGUCUCUCUCUUCUCAGGAAUGACUGGGGACCUCCUGACAGAAAAGUAGACACUCGCAAGUACCGCGCCGAGCCCCGGAGCAUCUUCGAUUACGAGCCGGGCAAGUCCUCCAUCUUGGAGCAGGAGAGAGCAACGGGUCACGUAGACCCAGAUGAGUUAGAUUUAGAGAAUGAGCCCUGGUAUAAGUUCUUUUCUGAGCUGGAGUUCGGCCGGCCGCCUCCCAAAAAACGCCUCGAUUAUAACCCAGAGAGCGUGCAUCGAGCCAAGGCAGAGACUCCUCUGUAUCCAACCUCAGCAGAGAGGAGCCAGGAGCGCCCAUCAAGCUCUGCCAGUGACAACCGUAAGAGGCGGAAGUCGGAGCCGACGUCCAGCCAGCCUCGGCCGCACAGUAGCCAGAGCGUGCCCCAGAGCGUCAGCCACCCGGGCUCCUUCCUCCUCGCCGAGACGCCCCGCGCCGGCUACGCCCAAAACGCCGCACCCCCCCGCAGCGGCGGCGGCGGCGUCUACGGCGUCUACGCCCCGAUCGCCAGCGCGCCACGGAGCGCCUACGCCGCCCAGCAGAACGUCUCCUCGCCGCCUCGCGCCGCCGGCUACACCCAGAGGAAGCCCCUGAGCAGCUCCACCUCCUCCUCCCCCGCCAGGUCCAAAGGUGGGGACUUUAGCACUAUGUAUUCAACCACUUUCAAUGGCUUAAGUCACGACCCAGAUAACUUGCAUGACUCCAUCCCCCCGUGCGAGAACGCGGACCGGACCGACGACGACGGGACCUCCGGCGCCCCGUUGUCGGUCUCGGGAAGCUCUUCCCACCUCGAGAACGGCUGGCGCUCGGACCAGCUCGAGUCGGAUUCCUGGAGCGGCGGCGGCGGCGGCGGCGGUGGCGGUGGCGGGGGUGGCGGCGGCUCGGAGGGACGGACGUCGCCCAAGCUCAAGUCCAGGAGCUGCGACGACCUGCUGACCGAGGACGUGGGCAGGGGCGCCGAGGAGACCCAGGUGCGGUCGGAGAGUACCGGCUCGCUCCUCCACGCCGCCGGGCAGGCGAUGAACGGGUCCUGCGACGGUCCGGACAGACACCGGGAGCGCGUGCGGGAGCGCGUCCGGCACCGGUCAGCCCACGACACUCCGGGCUUUCUCAACCUCUACCGGCGGAUGCACCACAUCGACCGGCGCGACAUGAUCAAGUCCGAGGUCAUCUGCUCGGUCAAGGCGCGCAUCCACGACUACGAGCGCGAGCAGCGCAAGGACCGCUUGCCCGGCGGGCACAUCGACGGGCACAGCGAGGUGCCCCAGAACAUGGUGCCCAACCGCAUCUCCCAGUUCGAGAUGAUGAUCCAGAAGUCCAAGUCCAUGCCCAACCUGGGGGCCGAGGGGGGCGGGCGGUCGUCGUCGUCGUCGUCGCGCCCGCCCUCGCGUCCGAGCACCAGCCCCAAGCGCAGCUUCUCCACCGACGCCUUCCUGGACGAGGAGCCGCCGGCCAGGAACCCGCCGGAGGGUCGCCCGCAGUGCCCGCGGGUCAACGCCCACCCUCCUCCUCCUCCUCUUCCUCCUCAGCCGCCGCCGCUCUCGCUCCCGCCGCCCGUGCACAUCCACAUCACGGCGGACCACCUGCGCCUGCCCCAUCACGACUACUCGGACAGCGAGCAGGACGCCGUGGUGUCCGACCUGAGCGACUUCAUCCAGAUCGAGGGCUCGUCGCUGUGCAGCGAGAGCGACUUUGACCACUGCUCCUUCACCUCGUCGGAGAGCUUCUACGCGCCGGGCCACAACCACCACCACCACCAUCACCACCACCACCACCGGCAGCUGGUCAGCACCUGCAAAGGCAACUGCCCGGCGUCCUACACCCGCUUCACCACCAUGCUGAAGCACGAACGCGCCAAGCAGGACCACCGGCACCAGCAGCAGCAGCAGCAGCUGCGUGUGGAGGAGGCCGACUCGGGGCUGGACAAGCUGGCCUUCCUGGUCAGCCCCGUGCCGUUCCGCCGCAAGAAGGCCUCGUCGUCCGCCACCGCCGCCGCCACCGCCGCCCUCCGGCACGGCCGCCUGCCGCGCUCCAAGAGCUCCGUGUACGAGGCCCUGGACUCGGCGCUGAAGGACAUCUACGACCACAUCCAGGCGGAGAAGCGGCGCGGCAGCCUGCCGGACAGCACCAUCCUCCACCGCCUGCUGGCCGAGCUGCUGCCGGACAUCCCCGAGCGCCACUCCUCGCUCGGAGCGCUCCUUCGCGGCGCCGCCGGCGGUAGCGGCGAUGGCGGCGGCGGCAUCAGCCCGGAACCGCGUCGCCAGAGCCUGAGCCCCAGCCAGCGCUACCACCACCCGCAGCCGGACGGCAUGGCCAGCCAGGACUGGGGCCCGCCGGAGCUGGUGCCGCGGAUGCCCCGCAGCGUGUCCUGCCACGCCCGCACCGAGCGCACCCACUGCAGCGGCGGCGGCAGCAGCGUCACGCGACAGGAGGGCCUCUUCCUCCUCAACGGCUCCUCCUCCGAGCUCGGCUAUGAAGAACCUUCCCAGGACUACUCGUAUCCAGAUGUGGGCCGCUACACUCCUCAGAGCAGGAGGCCGACGCCAGAAGCGACAGAGAAACAACCAGCCAGAGCAAUAUAUGACUUCAAGGCCCAGACUGCAAAAGAGCUGACUUUUAGGAAGGGGGACACGGUGUACAUCACACGCCAAGUGGACCGCAACUGGUAUGAGGGAGAGCUGCAUGGCCGCAUGGGGAUCUUCCCCAUCUCCUACGUGGAGAAAAUCUCUCCAUCGGAGAGGCAGCAGCCGAUCAGGCCCCCUCCCCCAGCCCAGAGCCGAGAGAUCGGGGAGGCCGUGGCGCGCUACAACUUCAACGCCGACACCAACGUGGAGCUCUCUCUGAGGAAGGGUGAGAGAGUCAUCUUGCUCAGGCAAGUAGAUGCCAACUGGUAUGAGGGCAAGAUCCCUAACACCAGCAAGCAGGGCAUCUUCCCCAUGUCAUAUGUGGACAUCGUCAAGAGGUCAUCCGCCAAUGCCAAGGACAGCACGAUACCCCAAAGCCUCUCCUGUGACAGGGCCCUCAGUGCGACCUCCACCAGGUCUCAGAGACAAGCUUAUGUGCAAGAUCCACUACAAGGGACUGGCGAACCGUUCCAGGCUCUUUACAACUACGCCCCUCGUAAUGAAGAUGAGCUGGAGCUAAAAGAAGGAGACAUUGUUGACGUCAUGGAGAAGUGUGAUGAUGGUUGGUUUGUAGGAACGUCGAGAAGAAGCAAGUUCUUUGGCACCUUCCCUGGGAACUACGUGAGAAGGAUAUAACACGAGCGCCGCGACACACUUUUUGCUGCCGCUGAGAGCUGAUCCCCGAGGGAAGAGGACUGACCGAGAGGCUCUGUUGAGGAGCUGCCACCACACACACAGUCCACUGUCGAGCAACGAUUCGCCAACUGCAGACAGACAAACAAGCAAACAAGCAAACAAAAACAAAGCGGCCCCUAGUUUUCAGCUCAGUGAGACUCAAAUAUAUAUUCCAGUCAUGAAGAACAAGUGGCUCCACGGCAGGACAAAGUGGCAUUGAGAGGGGACUGAAUUGCACCCCAUAUGGUAUUUGGUUUUAUAGGUAUUUUUUUAUGAAGUGAUUUUCGGUCCGUAACAGGAAGAGACGACUGUGGCACCCAGAUUUGGUGGACUGUUAUGGACACUUCGACGCAACUGAAUGAGGACAAAUCUUCACUGACAUGUUUGCCUUUCAGCAAUGCACAUUAAGUUUAAUGUAAUGAAGAACCAAGUGCCCUAUUUAAUUUUUUAUUUAUUAAAUGGUAUAUAUAUUUUUUUCUCUUCUCUUGUAUUUGGGGUACAUAUACUUUUUCAUUGUUAAAAGAGGGCUAGAUUAGAGGAGCUCAUCAUUUGAUUUUUUUUUUUUUUUCUCAGACUCUCAGACGUGCGAGUCUCGCCUUGUUUCAUUCUGUCAUGGUGCAGAUAUGAGUCUGAGUGCAGCUGCCUCACAGUCCUGAGCUGCGUCUGAUUCUGCCACGAGUCCAGCCCAGUCAUGGCCCACAUCCUGUGGACCCACAACUGGACCAGGUCUUGGGGGGUCAGAUGUGGUUUAGGUUUGCGUUACAUUUGUGCCAGACUCUUAACAGCUUUUGUAGCACCCCAUUCCGACAAGCAAUACACUCCUUAUCCUUAUACCACCCCACCUGAACUGGCUUCAAGCCAGUGGAAAGAGUUCACCUGACUUUUUCAUGAUAUCACACCUCCCCAUCCCCCUCCAGUCUUCAACCCCGACCACCCCCCCCCUCCCUCCAGACAUUCCUCACACACCUGAUGGACUGUACACCUGAGCGCGAAUCACAGACCUUGAUGAUUUUUUUAGUGAUAUUUAUAAGAUACCCCCUUGAAGAGGACCCGUGUCUGUAAGGGAUAAUUAGUGUACAUCCAAUUAAACUGUCCACAGCCUGGCAAAUAGGUUUCUCGGUCCUCUUGCGCUGGAUGACUGUGUAGAUCAAUGGGGUUCCCCACAAAAGCUUCUCGUGUCAAGAUGGAUGGAUGUAGGGAAGUGGAGAGAUGGAAUGAGAGGAUGAGUCUACUGUAAAGAAUCUACUGUAUAUCUCGGCAGUCUCAGUGUUUUGUACCAGUCACCAUCCACUGUUGUUAUGGAUACGGUUAGGUCAAGAAAAAAUAAUCAGAUCGAUUUUAUUUGAUCAUUCUGGAGAUUUCUUUCCACUUUUGAAAAAAAAAAAAAAUGUUAUUUAAUAUAUUUUGGUAAUUUUGCAAUUCCAUUGUACAAUUGUGUCAAUUAAAUAUUUGUGGUAGCCCCAGAAUGGUGCAUUUUGCAACCAACAAUGCUAAUGAUAACGUAUUGGUUAUGAGUUUAUUGUAUUCUUUAUAUUGUCAACUACAGUGCAGACUUUAAGCAAAUAUGCAAAUGUUAUGUAAUCGCAAAUUCAUUUCCAAGUUAAAGUUUAAUUAUUCUGAUGUCAUUCAGGUGAAAGUAUAAAAAAAAAAUUGUGAUUUUUAAAACAUUAGAAGCACCUUAAAAUUCCAUAACUUGGGAUUUUAUCUUGUUACACUGCCUGAUGUCACCACACUGAACCAUAGUGAAUCUUUUUUUAUAUAUAUAAAAUAUAUAGAUAUAUAGAUGAUAUAAGAAGCUAUAAUUCAAGGAAUGCCUCUGUAUAGUUAAGCUUGCUUCUCCUGUCUUCCAUUCUUUGUGGUUACAUUUGGAGUUCCCAAGUCUUCACUUCAGCCAGCAUUUAUGCAACCGAGAGUACAGACGAGAAAAUGUAUGUGAAACCCCAGAAGAUGAUGUCAAAUCCAGAGUGGACGUCCCAGUGGAGGAGGGGCAUUGUAUACCAAAAGUAUGAGAGAGAGAGAGAGAGAGAGAGAGAGAGAGAGAGAGAGAGAGAGAGAGAGAGAGCGAGAGAGAGAGAAAGAGCGGGCAUCAUUGAGUCUUGUCCUCAGAGAUGCAGAUAUGAGGUUGAGAGUGUUGGAUAGCGUGGUGAAUUUUGAAUAUGGACGUAUUGAAAGUGAUCCCCCCCCUGGACGGUCACGUUGGCUACUUUUGUCGACGGCGUAGCCACCGGGCUCACCAUCUGGAGGGAUACUCUACAGAGCGAGAGCUGGCAAGCCAAGUGUGAGGUCAACCUUUAUUUUUUUAAAACUCUUUUUUUUUUUUUUUUUUUUUUGGUGGAAUUGUACAUUAAAUAAAUUCUGUCUGACACA